AUGUUAGUCGUCAACGAAAGCGUGGUCACGUCGCUAUUUGCCAACCUCACUCGUGCAGGUGUAAAGCAAUACCAGGACACCCUGCUAAGAGCAUUGCAAGAGUAUGAAAAACAUCCAGAGAUUAUUCCACCAAGAAUCGUUACAAGCACCGAACAAUGUGUGCAUUUAUUCAUGGCUUCAACAGGAACACACGUGGGUAUGAAGGCCAUAACCGGGUCUAAGGAAGGUUUUAAAGGCAUCACUACAAUUCUAGAUAAGGACAAUGGAUACCCACUGGGCAUCAUCAACGGCGCCACAUUGACAGCCUUUAGGACUGCGCUGUGUAACACACUGCCGCUUGUCAAGUACUAUCCUCUCGAACAUACCUAUGAGAAUGAAACAUUGGUUGUCUUUGGGGUUGGUGAUCAAGCCGUCUGGCAUGUCAGGCUGUCGUUGAUUUUAUAUCCAGGAAGGUUUUCCAAAGUCGUUGUCUCAAACCGGACAGUAUCCAAGGCCGUCAAGCUUUGUGAAUUGUUCGGCCAUGAAUACCCCAAUGUCGAAUUUUUACCUUAUGGACUAUCUACAGGAGAAGACGAUGACCCUCUAUUAAAAGAAUUUGAGAAGACCACCGUUGUUUUCACCUGUAUUCCGACGUCUAAGCCAACUGUGACAAGGAAACUCGUGCAAAAUUGUAAGGGACAUUGUUUCAUCGGUGCCAUUGGCUCGUAUAAACCGCACAUGACCGAAAUUGAGGGUGCUGUUCUGCAUGACUUGGUUCUAAACAAAGGCGGCAAGAUCGUCGUUGAUUCGGUGGAGCACUGUCUACAUGAAGCGGGGGAACUAAUCAUUAAUGAUAUUAAAGAGUCAGAUCUAGUGGACAUCCCAAGUUUGUACACUUCACAGUUUGAUGACGCUUCGUUCAAAGAGUCCGAAGUUGUUGUUAGUAAACUAGUGGGACUAUGUAUCAUGGAUGUAUGGGUUGGAAACCAGUGCCUCGAGGAAGCCAGAAAAGCAGGUAAAGGGAUUGAAAUUGACGAUUUUUAG